AUAUAUCAGAGAUCCCGUGCCCAAACACGUCCUUAAGAAACACACGCUGAGCUGAAGCCUGAAAUUUUUGGGACUCUCUCGUCUUACGAGUUACAAGUUACAAGUUACAAGCGAGCGAUAAGCGUUUCUCUGAACUGGAACUCCGAUCAGAUACGACGACGUGUCCUCUAUCUUCCUCUCAGAGAGGAAGCGUAAAGGAGACACAGCCAAGAAAUUGAAGAAAAGGGGAUUUGAGGACUUUUACCACAAGAGAAGAAAUCAGUCACGAUGCCUGCGCAGAAGAUUGAAACGGGUCACCAGGACAUUGUCCACGAUGUAGCCAUGGAUUACUACGGAAAGCGUCUAGCAACAGCUUCGUCCGAUGCCACCAUUAAGAUAAUUGGUGUCGGCAGUGGUUCACAGCAUCUAGCUACAUUGUCAGCUCAUAGAGGCCCCGUCUGGGAGGUAGCUUGGGCGCAUCCCAAGUUUGGGUCACUCCUUGCUUCCUGUUCUUAUGAUGGCCAGGUGAUAAUUUGGAAGGAGGGUAAUCCAAAUGAGUGGCAACAGGCUCAUGUGUUUAAUGAUCACAAGUCAUCUGUAAAUUCCAUUGCUUGGGCACCUCAUGAACUUGGCCUUAGCUUAGCUUGUGGUUCUUCUGAUGGGAAUAUCUCGGUUUUCACUGCCAGGGCGGAUGGUGGUUGGGACACCACUAGGAUAGAUCAAGCUCACCCCGUUGGAGUAACAUCUGUUUCAUGGGCCCCAUCCAUGGCUCCUGGUGCUCUAGUUGGAUCCGGUCUGCUUGAUCCUGUUCAUAAGCUGGCUUCUGGCGGGUGUGAUAAUACUGUGAAGGUGUGGAAGCUGUACAAUGGGACAUGGAAGAUGGAUUGCUUCCCUGCCCUUCAGAUGCACCGUGAUUGGGUGAGAGAUGUAGCUUGGGCACCCAACUUGGGACUUCCCAAGUCCACAAUUGCAAGUGCUUCACAGGAUGGAACAGUAGUUAUUUGGACUGUGGCCAAGGAAGGUGAGCAGUGGGAGGGCAAUGUUUUGAAGGAUUUUAAGACCCCGGUUUGGAGGGUGUCAUGGUCACUAACCGGAAACUUACUUGCUGUGGCUGAUGGAAAUAACAAUGUAACAUUGUGGAAAGAAUCUGUCGAUGGAGAGUGGCAACAAGUAAGCACAGUCGACCCAUAGAUUUUGUCUUCCCUACUUCGAUCAAAUGUGUUUUGGUUUGUCAAACUAGAGUGCUUAGUAUCUUAGAACAGAAGAUAUCUUUUGGUUUUAUUUUCAAUACUUUGCCUGUAUUUGUUAGUGUUUUAUUGAAUUGUUUUACUUAAUGUGAGAUGAAAUGGUUCAGUUUUCAUGUUGUAAUCAGUUGGAGUUGAUCUAUCCUUUGUGUGUUUUCCAUUCCCUCAUUGUGUAUUUGUAUCUGAUUGUACCAUUGUUGUCUGGUGAAAGGGUAAUAAUCUUUGAGUUC